GCUGCUUCCUCUCAACCCUGAGAGUCCUAAACACACUGCAUCUGCCUGCAGCCUGCCCGCUGCCUGCUGCUGCUGCCCGCCGCCCAGGGUCCAGCCUCAUUCCCCAGCCAUGCUGCUGCUCUCACUGCUCCUCAAGGCUGCCCUGCUGCGGCUGAUCAACUCCUACCACCCCUUCUACAACGGCUUCUAUUACAACCACGUCAUGAAUGACGAUGAUAACGGGCACGAGAAAGUGAUUGAUUUCAAUGGGGUCAGGCUGGUGGUGGAGACCUCCAAAGACCCCAUCUAUAGCUUCAGCGGUGCUAAUGUCACCCUGCCUUGCCACUACCACCACGAGCCCGAAUCCGAGGCCAAGCACAAGAUCCGCAUCAAGUGGUCCAAGCUGCGAGAUGACUACACCAAGGAGCAGGACGUGCUGGUGGCCAUUGGCAAAACCUACAUGGCUUUUGGGGACUUCCGAGGCCGCGCUCACCUCCACCGGACCGGACAGCGCGAAGCCUCGCUGCUCAUCAGCGAUGUGCGCCUGCAGGAUGAUGGCAAAUACCGCUGUGAAGUCAUCGAGGGGCUGGAGGAUGCCAGUGAUGUGGUGGAGCUUCGGCUGCGAGGCAUCGUGUUCCCCUACCAACCACCCCGCGGGCAGUACAGCCUCAACUUCCACGAAGCCGAGAGAGUGUGCCAGGAGCAGGGUGCCCUCAUCGCCACCUUCCACCAGCUCUUCCAGGCCUGGAGCGAGGGGCUGGACUGGUGCAACGCGGGCUGGCUGGCCGAUGGCACCGUGCAUUACCCCAUCCGCCUGCCCCGCAAACCCUGCGGCGGGGUGCACCUCGCCCCGGGCAUCCGCAGCUACGGCCCCCGCCACCGGCACCUGCACCGCUUUGAUGUCUUCUGCUUCUCCUCCACACUCCGAGGUGAGGUUUUCUACCUGGAACACCCAACCAGAAUGACGCUGGAGGAAGCCAAGCAGGCGUGCCUGGACGCUGGUGCAGAGAUUGCCAAAGUGGGACACCUCUACUCUGCAUGGAAGUUCCACGGCUUGGACCGCUGCGAUGCUGGCUGGCUGGCGGAUGGCAGUGUCCGCUACCCCAUCGCCAAGCCCCGUGCCAACUGCGGCCCCGCGGAGCCCGGCGUGCGCAGCUUUGGCUUCCCCAGCAAGGGCAGGUUUGGAGUCUUCUGCUACAAGGAGAGAUAAAGAACAAGGAGGGUUCCUACCCGGCCUGAGGAUGUUCCCAUCCCAACGGUGCCUGGCCUUGGGUGUACCCAGGGCUGUUUUGGGAGUGACUGGGUAGGGGGAAACUUCUUUGGUUUGAAUUCUUCUUCCUUUAUGUUUUACACUUUCUGAAUGCAGCAGGAGGCUGGGCUGGAGCAUCCUGCUCUAGAGCAGGGGACUGGCUCCAUAUG